AUGUUUCAAAAAAGUUCGUUACAUUACUACGAAGAUGGGGAUAUCAUCCUGAUUGUACAAGACACCGCCUUUUGUCUUCACCGAAAUUAUUUAUCCAUGGCAUCAAAAGUGUUUCGUGAUAUGCUUUCCUGUGUCACUUCAUCCACAGAUAAAGAUUUGUCCCGUAUAAAUAUUACCGAUACAUCUCCUUUGGUUUUUGAAAAAUUUUUAACUUUUAUUUAUCCACAAAAUUUCGUUCCAAUAACUUGGGAUAUCAUCUCGGAAUUUUGUCAAAUUGGUGACAAGUAUGAGUUUGCUUCCGUACUUGGAGCCGCGGAGACUUUUUUGGAAUCUCACUUUUAUGAAAAACCUCUUUCCUCCUUGAUAUUAGCCGAUAGAUAUCUUUUCAAAUUCAUUUAUAAGGAAUCCUCAAAAUUGGUCUUGAACAGAUUUCAUGAGUAUCGUCAACAUUCAAAAUUCCUCUUACUUUCUCAUAAGACGAGAUCGGCUUUAUUCGAAAAAUACCUCGAUUUCACCAUUUCUAUCACAACCAUUUGCUCUUUAAAAAAACACAAGGAUUUUCAUCAUCACUCCUUGUGUCGCCUCAAUAAUCUUUCUUUUACAAGUCAUGAAUGUGAAAUCAAUGAUUGGUAUGAAUCAUUUUUUGAGAGAUUUCGUCUGUUGAACUCUGAUACAUUACUUUCCCCCUCAAAAUCCAUGAACGUUAUUUUAAAACAUUUGAUGGAAUUUUGGAGAGAUUACGUGAAUAGAACUUGGACCGAGUGUGAAUAUCGAUUUUUCAACGAUUACUUGUCCAAACAGUUUAUUGCCCACUUUGGUAAUUUCGAACCCUUAAAAUUUGAAAAAUCAAGGAGGGAUGCCGAGCAUUACAUUUUUAUCGAAUUGAAAGAUUAA